AUGGCGCUGGACCCACCAGCUGGCUACGAGAGCCAACAUCGAAUGUAUGAGGGAAAAAGAGGUUUUUUAACCUUCCCACCCUUCCACGGUGCAUACCUCUGCUGUCAUUUAUUCAAUGCUGUACCAUUUGGAACGGUGAUAAUUAGCCCUACUUCCGGAGCAAUCCCUUCCGCGAAAGGACUUGUGGAUGGAUUGAAGAAAACACCAGCAGAUAUCGCAUUCAUAGUACCAAACUGCGCAUUCGAUCGAGGAGACUGGAAAUAUGUCGAGUUUCAUCCAGACACAGGCGCCGAACUCAGACCAGUAAUAGACAAUACCCACGAGCUGACUAUGCUUUCCGAUCCCGAAUUGUCAAAGCAGCAACCUACCUUCACGAUGUUCCCCCAAGCAACGGAAUAUGCCAGUCGCGAUCUCUUUACCCCUCAUCCUAUCAAGCCAAACCUAUGGAAAUGGCUUGCAAGAGCUGACGAUGUUAUUGUAUUCUUAAAUGGCGAGAAGACUAAUCCUAUAUCAAUGGAGCAGCACAUCGUAGCUCGCAAUCGAGAAGUUCAAGCGGCUUUGGUGAUGGGCGCACAACGUUUUCAAGCAUCACUUUUGAUAGACCCUAUUAAUGGAGAUAUCAAUACCUCAACAACAGAGCGUGCAGCGCUGCUAGAAAAGAUUUGGCCCUCGGUGGAAGAAGCCAACCAAAAAUGCCCAGCUCAUGCGAAGGUUGCCAAGACACACAUUUUCUUCACAAAUCCGAUCAAACGUAUAUUGAUUGCGGGGAAAGGCACGGUUCAGCGAGCAGGGACUUUACAGCUUUACCGGGAAGAACUCGACGCUUUGUAUGCUGAUGCAGAUAGCAUGACAGCAGAGAAAGAUGGCGAAAUCUCUUCGAACAUCGACAUUGGUGAUUUAUCGGCGGUUUCCGAGUUCAUGAGAGAAGCUGUGGUCAACAUUACUUCUUGGUCUAAUUUAGAUGUGAAUGAGGACUUCUUCGCUCGUGGAAUGGACUCACUACAGGCUCUCACAGUUGUAAGAAAGCUUCGUCAUGGCCUUAGAAUUACAUCAAUUGCUUCAAGUACGCUUUAUACCGAUCCAUCAAUUACUCAAUUAGCAAGCGCUGUCGUGAAAUUUUCGAAAGACGAGGUUUCUAUACAUGGUCAAAAGACGGCAAGUCAGUUGAGAGACAGUAUGCUCAAGGAGUUUCGAAGUCGUAUUGAUUUGCUUAUUCUAUCUCCGCCAACUUCGCAUAGGAAAGUUGACACGAAUCAUGAAAUCGUCGUCUUGACCGGGUCUACAGGUACGCUUGGUUCCCAUAUUCUGGGGAGUCUUCUCUUGAAUCCACGAGUCGCUCAUAUAUACUGCUUAAACCGCUCACCAUCGGGUAAAAGUCUUCGAGAGUCUCGGAGUCAAUUCGCAGACACUGCAGAUACUCGAGUCACAUUUCUCACGACAGAUCUCUCGAAGCCACAGCUUGGGCUCCGUUCAAAAAACUAUUCCAACUUACUGCGAGCAACUCGCAUCAUUCACAAUGCCUGGCCUGUCAAUUUUAAUCUAUCAUUGUCUUCUUUCCGUCCGAGCAUUGAAGGUCUGAUCAAUCUUAUCACGCUCGCAGUAUCGAGCGCAGGUGGAAGGUUGUUUUUCGUCUCCUCGAUUAGUUCCGUCAUGGGAUACAGAAGUUCAUCUGGUACUACACCCGAGGAUAUAAUCCACCCAUCGACCGAUAUAAUUGAAUCUAUCGUAGCACCAAAUGGCUACGCGGAAAGCAAAUAUAUCUCGGAACUUCUUAUCUCUUACGCAUCAGAGCAAUUAUCAUCUUAUGGGUAUGAAUUCUCACUCGCAAGAGUCGACCAGAUAGCGGGCCCGGUAAGAGCUAAAGGGAUGUGGAACAAGACUGAAUGGUUUCCAAGUCUCAUUCUCAGUUCUAUACAUGUAGGUUGUAUUCCCAGCUCUCUAGGUUCGAGCCUUGGAGGAAUCGAAUGGGUACCGGUAGAUCUACUUGCAGAUAUGAUCGCAGAUUUGGCUUUGGCCGAUAACGUCCAAAAUGAGGGAAGACCGGUUCAGGUUUUCCGUCCUUUGAAUCCCAAUCCCAAGACCUGGGAAGAUAUCAGAGAGGAGCUGGUAAUAGAUUUAAGUUCUAUUUCUGGCAAAUCGAUCAGAAUCGUUCCACUCGAUGUUUGGAUCGCGAAAGUUAGGCAUGAUGUAGAGCUGAAAGCAGGACCCGGGGCUACAUUGAAGGAAGGAGAACUAGAUGAGAUCUUGGAAAAUAAUUCCGCAGUCAAACUGUUAGAGUUCUACGAAGAUGUGCUUGGAUAUGGAAGAGACCAGGAAGGCAAGUAA